CAACAAAAAAAGAAAAGCAAACCAAACAAAAAUGUUUAAAUUCGUGUUUAUUGCCAGCCUGCUGGUCAGCGCUGUCCUAGCCGCACCCUUGACCGAUGAAGAAUUGGAGCUCGAGAGACAGCAGAACGAGAAUGCGCAAUAUUCGUUCAGUUCAACGAUCAACGAUGACAUUAACGAUGGCUCAAUGGAUCGUGAGGAGACACGCGAUGGUAAAAAGGUGACUGGAAAGUACAGCUACAGCGAUGGUUUCGUGAGGCGGACGGUGCACUAUGAGGCCGAUGAGAAUGGAUAUCGUGUGGUGAAGGAGGAUAUGGAAGUGAUUGGCGAUGGUCCUCAAUUCAAUCCGGAGGGACAAGCCGAUGUCGCCGGCUCCCUCAUCGGCCAGUACUCGAUCAAGCUGGACAACAGCGACACAAAGCAGCACUACAAGGACAUUAGACAGUAAUGCCCCGGCGCUACAUAGUCGACUAGUAUUCUCAGAACGGAUGAUUUCUAACAUUUAGAAAUGCACUGAAUUGUAAUGUGAAAUAAGAAAUCAACCAAUGUGGUUAUUCUAAUGUAAUAAAGUCAAGUAAAUCAA